AUGAGCCCUGGGUGGAGCUUAAGCUGGGGCUGGGCUAAAAAAGAGGUGAUUUGGUCAAUGGUUGGGGCUCAAACUACUGAACAAGGAGACUGCUCCAAAUUCAAAGGCAAUGUCCCACAUUGCUGCAAGAGGAAUCCCAAUGUGGUUGAUUUGCUCCCUGGCGUCCCAUACAAUCAGCAAAUUGCCAAUUGCUGCAAAGGCGGGGUCGUCUCCUCUUGGGGUCAGGACCCGUCCUCUGCCGUAUCGUCUUUCCAGGUCAGCGUUGGCCUUGCCGGGACUUCCAACAAGACCGUCAAGCUGCCCACUAAUUUCACCCUCCUUGCGCCUGGUCCCGGCUACACUUGCGGCCCAGCUAACAUUGUGCCGUCUACCGUGUUCUUAACUCCCGACAAGAGACGAAAAACCCAAGCAUUGAGUUAUUGUUGUGUUUCAUUCUCUUCUUUUUACAACAAUACAAUCACUCCUUGCCCAACUUGCUCUUGUGGAUGCCACAACAAGAAAGAUUGCAUUAGGAGUGACUCGGAGAAGUUGAAGAAAACGGGAAUAAACACCCCAAGAAAGGACAACGUGCCGUUGUUGCAAUGCACGCAUCAUAUGUGCCCGAUACGUGUCCAUUGGCACGUCAAAAUCAACUACAGAGAAUAUUGGCGUGUCAAGAUUGCGGUCACAAAUUUCAACUACCGACUCAACUACACGCAGUGGACGCUAGUCGCGCAACAUCCUAAUCUCAACAAUGUCACUCAAGUUUUCAGCUUCGAUUACAAACCACUCAUCCCUUACCAGUCAAUAAAUGAUACCGCCAUGUUUUACGGCAUGAAGUUUUAUAACGAUCUUUUAAUGGAAGCCGGACCAUCGGGCAAUGUUCAGACAGAGAUAUUAUUAAGGAAGGAUAAGGAUAAAUUUACACUCAGGCAUGGCUGGGCUUUUCCGAGGAAAAUUUACUUCAAUGGGGAUGAAUGUCGUCUUCCCCCUCCUGAUGCUUAUCCUACUUUACCAAACAUAGCACACAAAAAUACCAUGUUUCUUUCAAGAAUUGCAGGACUUAUGUCCUUGCUAAUUGUUUUUUUCGUGUGA